AUGACUUUUCGAUUUGCUUGGUUUGCGCUGUUCAUUUUUGUGUGCUGUGCUCAAAAUGAUGAUCUCGAGGGGUCUGGCGAAGGAUCCGGAGAAGGAGAUCUAUUGACCUCUGAAAAUCCUUGGCAAUCAUCAUCCAUACAGCAAGACGGAGACGGCAACGAUGUUUUAGAAUUCACCGGGACAUAUCCAAUAAAGGACGGAUGUGGUGUAGAUCUGUUGUUUCUCCUGGAUACUUCUGGAAGCUUGGAGCAAAUCUAUACGCAACAUAUUAAUUGGACCAAUCAAUUGGCCGAAGCAUUACUAACCGAUAAGGACAAAGUACAUAUUGCUGUAAUUCAGUAUGCCGAAAUACCGACUACCGAAUUUUCCCUUGGUACUUAUCGAGAUCCGCGUGAUAUUACUAAUCAUAUUAUGACAAUUAAUUUCCAUUCCGGUGGUACCAGGACAGGUAAAGCACUAUUGGCAGCAAAAAGUGAAUUGUUUAAUGAAGAAAAAGGAGCCAGAAACAAUGCUAGCAAAAUUAUUGUUCUGUUUACGGAUGGAUUAUCUGUUGAUGAUCCUAUAAAACAUGCUCAGCAAUUACGUGAAGUUGAAAAGGUCAAAAUUUAUGUUGUAUAUGUUGGAUCGGACGGUUUUGAACUUGAAAUGAACCGUAUUGCUGGUGGGAAGUCGAAUGUCUUCGGACCGCAUGAAUUCAGUCGAUUGAAAAGAAUAUUAACCACUGAAGUGGAAAAUGCCCAAACGUGCGAGACUCAGAACGAAUGGGAAAUACCAACAGCUACCGUAAAAACAAUGAUAAAUGCAACAGGGAUCGGAUCAUUCCGUUCUUCAAGUAAGAUCGCGACAUCAACAAAAUUGCAUACGACUAGCAGAACACCGACGACAAUUACAACACAUCCUACACCACAUAAAUUAUUAACGAAAGAUACACAAUUGAAACAUAAGAGCAGGAAAAUUCCAACCAAACAAAUAACUGAAUCUCAAGAUGAGGAUGCAAAGCUUUUGGAAACCGAUGCACAAGAUAAAAUCAGCGAUGAAAAUAUUAAUGAAGCACUAGUCAAUAUAGUGAAUGUUGACGAACAGGUUGUGGAAGCUAUAACCACUCCCCAACAAUCGACCUUCAGUAAGGAUCGUUUUAAAAAUGGUGAAGAAAAUGAAAAUACUAUAGCCCUUUCUAAAUUUACCAAGAAGCUACGAAAGGUGCGUCCACGAACGGAAGUGACAAUAUCGCCUACAAAUCGUUCGUCUUCUGGAGAUCAAGAAACUUCGCGAUCGGCAGAUCUUCUUAGCAGUAAGACGGCGUCAGCAUCACGACAUGUGACAGUGCAGCGUAUUUCAACCGCAAACAAGUCAGGGAAAACAAGAUCAGCCGGGAGCAUUGAAAAAAGUCAAGGACAGUGUCCACGAGAAAUUUUAUUUGUCGUUGAUAGUUCUGGGUCAGUGCAAAGGAUAUACGAUCAACAAAAGGAAUAUCUUUUGUCACUGCUCAACGAAUUACAAAUUGGUGAAGGCGAUCAACGGGUUGCUUUGAUUCAAUUCGCUGGUAGUUCACAUCAGAGAAUUGAGUGGACGUUCGAUACGUAUAAAGAUAUCAAAGAUAUUGCGGAAGCGUUAACUCAAGUUCGACAUUUUACCGGGACAACAUAUAUCGGACGUGCGCUGGAAAAUUCAAUCGGUGUUUUGGAGACUCGCAGACAAGGAAUACCAACAACUGUGAUACUACUAAGCGAUGGCUUCUCGCAAGAUGAUGCCAGUAAGCCAUCGGCAGAAAUUCGUCGAAUGCCGAAUGUUGAUUUCUAUGCUGUCAGCAUGUCAGAACUUAAUAAUUUCGAAUAUCUUACGAAACUGACGGAUGACCCAUCAAAGGUAUAUGUUGGACCACAAAGUGAGGAUCUGAAACAAGAUUUGUUGAGAUUGAUCCAUUGCAGAACGUGA